AUGUCAAAGGUACCCUUUGCAUUGUCUUGGCUAAUUCGAACCGCAGAAAAUUACAACUGUGCGGCAAGCCAGUUCUGUCUUGCGGAAGCCUAUCACGAUGGCGUAGGUGUACCAAGGAUCGCGGGUGAGGCGUUCAAAUGGUACAGCAAGAGUGCUUGCCAGGGAUUUAGCCGUGCUCAGGUUAUGGUCGGUCAUUUUUACAAGGAAGGCUUUGCGGUCCAGCAAGACUACCGAAAAAGCAUGUCGUGGUAUCAACUGGCAGUGACUCAAAACAGCCCGGACGCAAUCUAUAGUAUCGGCUGUUGCUAUUCAAAUGGUAUUGGAGUAUCUCAAGAUCCAAAGGUGGCUUUCAAAUGGUUCAAAAGAGCAGCAGCAUUGAAUUAUCCGCCGGCUCAGAGUGCAAUCGGUAGCUGUUACAGCAAUGGCAUUGGCGUCGACCAGAACCCAGCCUUGGCUUUCGAAUACUUUAGACUGGCUGCCGAACAGGGGUACGCCUGGGCUCAGUUCUAUCUUGGUAUGUACUAUCAUAAUGGAUCUGGCGGGAUUGGCGUCAAUGUGCCGAUGGCCGUACACUGGUACACCAAGGCAGCCGUCCAGGGACAAUCGAUGGCACAGCACCAUCUUGGAUUCUGCUACCAAAACGGCUUGGGUGUCACACAAAAUCUGACCGAUGCCAUCAAGUGGUAUGGCCGGGCGGCAGCACAGGACAACGUUGCCGCGUUUCACUCGCUAGGCUACUGCUACGAAAACGGAAUCGGGCUGGCUGUCGAUAGCUUCAAGGCAGUGUAUUGGUACAAGUGCUGUGCUGAUCUCAACCACCCACCCGGUCUGAUCUCGCUUGGGUUCUGCUAUGGUGAAGGUAUUGGUGUCCAGCGAGACAACAGGGAAGCCAUCAGAUGCUUUCGACGGGCCGCCGAUCUAGGGAGUGCAACUGCGCAGAACCUGAUCGGAUUUGCGUACGAGAAGGGACUUGGGGUCAGUAAGGACCUCAAGAAAGCAGUCGAAUGGUAUCUCAAAGCAGCUCAGCAGAACUACUCAAUUUCGCAAUGCAAUGUUGGCUACUGUUAUUCUAAUGGACUUGGGAUCGACAAACCAGACCAAACUGAGGCUGUCUACUGGUAUUCAAAAUCAGCGCACCAGGGAAAUGCGCGUGCCCAGUGGAAGUAUGGCGUCCAUCUCUUAAGUGGAAAGGGCGUCCGGAGGAACUCGAAGCUGGCCUUUGAAUACUUUGUAAAGGCAGCCAAGCAAGGGCUUCUCAAAGCACAGUACCAUCUUGGACUGUGUUAUGAGAAUGGGGUGGGCACUUCGGUUAAUUACAACCAAGCCAUUAUUUGGUAUGAACGUGCAACUCUCGUAAGUGUGUCUAGUGUAAUAUAA